AUGUUCUCUUUGCAUUAUGAUGAUGAAGAUGGAGAUGGAGAUGGUGAUGAUCACAAAGACAUUUCAAUCAAGACAUCUAUUCCUGCUCCUCCUUCCAAGAGUAGUGCAUCAAGCUCAUGUUCAAGACCAGUCACCGGCAUAGCUACAUCACUCAAUCAUCUCAAAGUCAACAACAACAACAAACAUGGUCAAUACAAAGCCCAUGGUCAAUCUCAUGGACAUGGUAAUGGUCAUGGUCAGAUAAAGUCGCGACCACAGCAGCCACAAGCAUUCUCAUUGGAGUUCCACGAUGACGAUGAUGAUGUGGAUGUUGGACAACAACAUGGUGUCUAUGAUGACCAUAAUGAUCAUGAUGACGGUGCAAGAAUGGAUGUUGAUCACAUGGAUGGAGCGCAUCAAUCCACAACGACAGACUUGCAACAACAACAACAACAGGUCAACUAUGACUAUCAGAAGAAGGUGCCAUUCUCUGUGUUUUGUGAGCUGAUGGAGCGUAUAAGCAAAAUCACCAAGCACUCUGAGAAGAAGAAGCAGUUAUCGAUAUUCUUCAAUAAUUACAAGGAUGAGAACUUCUUCCCCUUGCUCAGAUUGCUGCUGCCACACUUGGACAAGGACCGCCAGGUGUACGGCCUGAAGGAGAAGACGUUGGCCAAGAUCUACGUCGACAUCCUGGGCAUUGCCGGCAGCAGCAUCGACGCCACACGUCUGGUCAACUGGAAAAAGUCCACGAGCAAUGAGGUGGGCGGCGACUUUGGCACGGCGGUCUACCUCUCGCUCAAGAAUCGCUGUGUCCAGAAGGGUCGGCUGUCGAUGGCCGACGUCAACAUAGCGUUGGACGGACUCGUGCUCACGGAGGAUCGCAAGGAGAAGACGAUCAUCUUGAAGCGCGUGUUGCGCCACACGACAUGCACAGAGCAAAAGUGGUUCGUUCGCGUGAUCCUCAAGGAGAUGAAGACCGGCAUGUCCGAGAAGUCCAUCCUGGCCUUCCUGCACCCGGACGCCAUGAACCUGUUCAACAUCAGCUGCAGCCUACAAAAGGUGUGCGACGACCUUAAGGGCAACCGCAACACUGCGCUCCUCAUGGUCGCUGCCGGCGCCGACCCCAAGGUGAUCACACUCGGCCAACCCGUCAAGCCAAUGCUGGCCAAUCGCAAACCGAUCGACUCAGUCAUCAGCAUUCUGGAGGACCAUCCCUUUGUCGUGGAGACCAAGUACGACGGCGAGCGCAUCCAGUUGCACAAGGAUGGCGACACAAUCAAACUGUUCUCGCGAAAUAGCAACGACUGCACAUACAUCUACGCCAACUUACUGGGACCGAUUGUUCGCGAGGCUGUCAGCGUGGACAGGUGCAUCAUCGAUGGCGAGCUGCUCGUCUGGGACACAAUCUCGCAGCGAUUCGAGGAGUUUGGCAAGCUCAAGACACUGGCCCUGGGUGGCAAGGAUGCUGCCAGCGACACACUCAACAACAACUAUGGCAAACAACUGUGCUACAUCGCGUUCGAUAUCAUUUAUGUGCGCGAUCAGAGUGUGAUGGAGUUGCCACUGUCACAGCGCAUGUCAAUUCUCAAGCGAUGUGUGCGUGUCAAGCCACGCCAGUUUGAAGUGUCUGAGCACAAGCCGUGCCAGACGACGGCGGACAUCCUGGCGCACCUUGACGGCGCCAUACUUAACCGCGAGGAGGGCAUCAUGAUCAAGAACCUGGACUCAAUCUAUGUGCCAGGCGAGCGCAAGGACAAGUGGAUCAAGAUCAAGCCCGAGUACCUGGACGGGGUGGGCGAUGACCUGGACCUGGUGAUAGUGGGGGGCUACUAUGGCAGUGGUGUGGGUCGUCGCGGCGGCACGAUCUCACACUUUAUGCUUGGUGUGCGCAACCCCGAGGAGCCCGACAACGUCUUCUACUCAUUCUGCAAAGUGGGCAGCGGCUACAGCGAUGCCGAGCUCAGCGAGCUACAAAAGUUGCUCGACCCACACUGGCAACCGUUCAACACGUCCAACCCACCGCGGUGUCUUCAGUUGGCGGAACCAUUCCGUGAGAAGCCCGACGUGUGGAUCGAUCCCACCCGUUCGUGCGCGCUGCAGAUCAAGGCUGCCCAGCUUGUGCCAACCGAGAAGUACCGCGCCACCUUCACUUUGCGAUUCCCUCGAGUCGUGCGCAUCCGCACGGACAAGGAUUGGACUGAGUGUCUGGAGUAUCCCCAGCUGCUCGAGUUGGCGCAGGAGUUUGAAGGUCGCUACGCCAAGCGCAAGUUUGAGUUGCUGGCCGGUGGUGGCGGCGGCACGGAUGGCGACGGUGCAGGCGGCAAGAAAAAGAGACGUGGUGCAGCGGCGGCACCCAAGCCACGCAGGACUGUUGGCUUGCUCUCCAUCUUCCAGGACACAGACACAAGCAAUGUAUUGCCCUCCAACAACAUCUUUGAGGGAGUAGAGUUCUGCGUGAUCAAAGGCGAUCGCACGCAACACACCAAGGCUGCACUCGAGAUCAUGAUCGUGGCGAAUGGCGGAACCAAGGUACAAUACCCAUCGCAUCGCACCAACUAUGUCGUAUCGUCAAAAGAGGUGGUCAAGAUCCAGAACCUCAUCAACUCUGGCACAAUCGACAUUAUACACUUUCAAUGGAUCGUUGAUUGUGUUGCCGCGGGUCGUCGUCUGCCACUCGGACCCAAGUACAUGAUCUUCACGACCGAGGCCACGCGAACCCUAUUCCUUCAAGACAUUGAUCCAUAUGGAGACUCAUUCACUGUUGACACCAAUGAGGCUGACCUUAAUGAUUCGUUCAUUCAAGUGGCCAAGCAAAGGAAGGCUUCUAUGUCGUCGUCGGGUGGUGGCAGUAAUCAAGUUGGACAAGCAGAGUUUGAUCGAUUGGAGUCCAAUGAACAGAGUACAUAUAUAGAGAGUAAUAGUAUGGAGUUGAUAAAGAAUAAGAUACAGUUCUAUGGAGGAGUGGUCAGUGUGCAGUUUGAUCAAGCCAUUCAAUAUGUCGUCAUCGAUUCACAGGAUACAUCAAGGCUCACAUUCCUCAAAGCACGUCUAGAGAAGCUGGACAACAGUUCAAAGAAGCGCAAGAUCGUCACUGUAGAAGGUGUCGAGCAAUUCAUCAAUCGAACUGUAUCAUCAUCAUCAUCAUCGUCUAGUACUACAAUGGACAUGAUUUAA